CAAAAUUUCUCCUCUCGAAGAACCCUAGCGGCAAAACCUUUGCUCCGUCCCGCCGUCGCCUGCUCCCAUCCCGCCGCCGGCGCUGCCACCCGCAUCUGCCAAGGGGCUCGCCGCCGGGGAGGCUGCUCGCGGUGCCGCGCUCUCUCCCGCGCCCGACCUUGGCCCUCCCCUCCUCCAUGAUCUGCGCGAUCUCCGGCGAGGUGCCGGACGAGCCGGUCGUGUCGAAGAAGUCGGGGCUACUCUUCGAGCGGCGGCUCAUCGAGCGCUACAUUGAGGACCAUGGCAAGUGUCCCGCCACCAAGGAGGACCUCACCAUGGAUGAUAUCGUGCCGGUCAAGACCAACACGAUCGUGAAGCCCAGGCCUUUGCAGGCUGCAAGCAUUCCAGGACUCCUUGGGAUUUUUCAGAACGAGUGGGAUGCUCUCAUGCUUUCUAAUUUUGCUUUGGAGCAGCAGCUUCACACAGCAAGACAAGAACUUAGUCAUGCACUCUACCAGCAUGACGCUGCCUGCCGUGUUAUAGCCAGAUUAAAGAAGGAAAGAGAUGACGCUAGAGCACUUUUGGCUCAAGCUGAGAGACAGAUUCCUGCGUCAGUUGCAGGAGCUGCUCCUGCAGCUGUUGUUUCCAAUGGAAAAAGAGUAAUUGAAGAUGAAAUUGGCCCUGACGGGAAGAAGAUCCGUCCUGGUAUCAACCCUGUCAUGAUUGAUGAACUUACAGAGUGUAAUGCCAUGCUUUCAGCACAGCGCAAGAAAAGACAGGUUCCUCCAACUCUGGCACCGAUCGAUGCACUCGAGAGAUACACUCAGAUCUCCAGCCAUCCCCUUCAUAAGACAAACAAACCAGGCAUUUUGUCCAUGGAUAUUCAUCCUUCAAAGGACAUUGUUGCAACUGGGGGUAUCGAUACAAAUGCAGUAAUCUUUGAUCGUUCAUCUGGUCAAAUCUUGUGCACGCUUGCUGGUCACUCAAAGAAGAUAACCACUUUGAAGUUUAUUCCACGGGAUCAACUCUUUGUAACUGGAUCAGCAGAUAAGACUGUUCGCAUCUGGCAAGAGAAUGAGAAUGGAAACUAUAACUGUGUCCAUACACUGAAAGAUCAUACUGAUGAGGUUGAAGCUGUUACAGUACAUGUGACUCAGAAGUAUUUUGUGAGUGCUUCCAAGGAUAACUCUUGGUGCUUCUAUGAUAUUUCAACAGGAUCUUGCCUGACACAGGUUGGCGAUGCUUCAGGACAAGAGGGAUAUACAUCUGCGUCUUUCCAUCCAGAUGGUCUUAUCCUUGGAACAGGAACUACUGAUGCUGUUGUUAAAAUUUGGGACGUGAAGGCUCAGUCAAAUGUCGCAAAGUUUGAGGGUCAUGUCGGACCAGUCACUGCUAUGUCUUUCUCUGAAAAUGGUUACUUCCUAGCGACUGCUGCUCAUGAUGGUGUUAAGCUUUGGGAUCUUCGUAAAUUAAGAAAUUUUAGGACUUUCUCUCCCUAUGAUUUGGACACGCCAACCAAUACUGUGGAAUUUGAUUUUAGUGGAAACUAUCUUGCCAUUGGUGGUUCAGAUAUAAGGGUCUACCAAGUAGCUAAUGUUAAGGCCGAAUGGAAUCUUAUCAAGACAUUACCCGAUUUAUCAGGAACAGGGAAAGUAACUUCCGUAAAAUUCGGAGUAGACGCGAAAUACAUAGCCAUAGGUUCUAUGGACCGCAAUCUACGGAUAUUUGGUCUCCCUGGAGAUGAUCAAAUGGAGGAAUCAAACACAGCGGCCGAGUGAUGGGAAUUCAUGGUGCCUAAUUUGUUUCUUCUGCCAUCAUCCUCAUUAUACUGUGGUGAUGGAUAGACUGAUUGCACAUGGAUACAUCACCGUCACAAGAGGGAAGGGUCCUGGCGGGGAUUACUGGUCUGAGCUUCGGCUGGUGUAAAACAAGCUGUGAUAUUGUUGUACUGUAGGCCUUACUAAUUCUUCUGAUGAGGAUAC